AGGAACCAGAUUACCGUGUCAAGCAGCGUUGCUUGAAUGGUCAUGCUCCUUGGCCGGAAGGUAUUUGUACAAAAUGUCAACCGAGUGCAGUGACAUUACAACAACAACAAUUUCGUAUGGUUGAUCAUAUUGAAUUUUCGACAUCGAAUCUCAUUAAUGACUUUAUUAAUUUCUGGCGAUCUACUGGAUAUCAACGGUUUGGAUAUUUAUAUGGACGGUAUGAGCCUUACCCUGAUGUUCCAUUAGGCAUAAAAGCAGUUGUGGAGGCGAUUUAUGAGCCACCACAAGAAAACCAAACGGAUGGAUUAAGUCUCAAUCUCCCAUGGAAUGAAGAAGAAUCAGUCGAUGAGGGAGCUGCUGCUUGUGGAUUAUUCAAAGUCGGAAUGAUAUACACCGAUCUUAUGGAUGCUGGUCAAGGAAAAGUAAUUUGCAAGCGACACAUUGACUCUUAUUUUCUUUCUUCCCAAGAAUGCUGUUUCUCUGCCGCAAUGCAAACCAAAAACCCCAAUGUCACGAAAUUGAGCGCCUCCGGAAAAUUCUCGAGUAAAUUUGUGACAUGUGUCGUAACGGGAAACGAGAAUGGCGAGGUUGAUGUGCAUGCAUAUCAGGUUUCUAGUACUUGUGAGGCGAUGGUAGCUGCUGACAUUAUCGAGCCGAGUGUAGAGCCUAGUGUGAUGCGUGUGAAGGAAAGUACUUUGGAACGCUAUGUUCCUGAAGUAUUUUACAAGUACAAAAAUAAAUAUGGUGUGAAUGUACAAGAGAGCGCAAAGCCUUGUUUUCCGGUCGAAUAUUUGCUAUUAAAUGUCACGCAUGGUUUCCCAUUAAACCAAACACCUCUUUUCACAUCACCAAAAAGUUUCUCGAUCGAAAAUCGUCCGGGUAUUGAAGCACAAGAUCUCAAAACGCUACAGAACCAUCUCGACGCAACUAAAGGUGACGCUCAUCUAGUGAAUGUAUUGUCGGAUUUCCAUCUACUUACAUAUAUAAAGAGUACUGGAAUAUUCGAUAAGAAGGAUUUUGAUACGUUGGCAAGAAUCGCUGUUACACAUUCUGAGGCUGAUGCUGCUGCCCUUUCUGAGAAUUCCGGAUGGCAGACAUUUUUGGCUAUAAUGCAAGAGAAUGAUAAUGCACCAAUAAGAAAUCAAGAUGUAAACUUUGGCGCGACACAGACAAUACCCAGCGUUGCUGUCGAUGAUGCAAUAGCAGAAGGCAGCGCUUCAUCGGAUGCGAGAGGAGGAUGGAGUUGCAGGCAUUGCACAUAUUCGAAUCCACGCACUGCUGUAAAUUGCGAGAUAUGCGUAUUACCAAAGGAUUAA